AUGGUGAUGGGUAGUAGUGUUCGAUCUUUAUUGGAGGUGGUGAUGGUCGGUGGUCUUGGGUGGUUCGAUGACGAUGAAGGACAUUUGGAUAGUGGUAGUAAUGGAACCCGAGAGAGAAGGGUUGUAUCUAUGGCUGCUGGAGAGGAGGAGCUAUGGUUGUUGAUCCAAGUGAGGAUUAUGUUCGGCGAGGGUGGCGAUGUAUCUCUAAGGUCUGGAAAGGUUAAGCCACCAAUUGCUAGUUUUUCUUUACUCGGUUACUAUGGGCUACUAUGGAUGAUGAGGAUAGUGGCUAGUGAGGCUGUGUUGGGUGGAGAUCGAUGUUGA